UACGUUCUAGAGGGACGGGAGGGAGUAGAGCUUCCAAGGGCUGCAUGUCUAACAACUUCCCGGGUGAUCCGUAUGCUGCUAGUGCAGGGACCACUCUCUGAACCACAAGCCUGUUGAGCUCCACGCUACAGAUUUUGCUGAGUUUGCUGAUUGCAUCCCUGAAGUGUUCACCUGUGUCCUGCAUUUCCCAUAAAUUGGCAUCUUGAAGCUUGACUGAAUUCCUCAGGUCAGUUGUUUUGGCAAGAAUCCUUCACAGGCAGUGCUGUCCACUUUCUACUGCAUGGCAUCGGGAGGACUGUCAUGUCUGGCUGCCCCACUUCUAGUGAUGUUAGGUGUGUAGAGUGGUGGGCCUGACCUUUCCGUUCUUGAGAUCUCUGUCGGUAGUUUUAGUAGCCGUUGAUAGAACCAUUGUCCAGAUUAGUGGUUCUUAAAGCUGACUGCAUGUCACCUAGAAGGAUUCUAAAAAACACUGAUGCCAGAGUCCUUUUCCAAAUCAGUGAGGGACUCAGGCAGGGGGACAAGGGAAGAAGGAGAGAGAGAACAUGCGUGUGUACUUGGGCACCUGCGUGUGUUUUAAGCCCCCAAAGAGGUGAUUCUAAUAGGUUCCACAUAGGGGGCUGAAAAGCAAUAGGUCUAGGUGACUUUUUUUUUUCAUUCUGGUUUCCAACCUAUCAAUCUAUCCUUUUUUCUUCACUUAUUUUGCUGAGCUCUUAAUGGGUAGAAGUGCUCUUUUAAAGACUGAGCCAGGUGACAUGUUGCAAAAUAAAUCAGGUCCCACUCCUAGCAAGAAGCCACUCACGACUCUCCACACAGCCUCCCGUGCUCCCAGCGACCCACCUCUCCAGGGACCCCAAGCUACUUUUGAAUGUCCAGAGCCUGUCUCCCCACCAAGGCUACCCCCUCAUGUCCCACAAGCCUCACAGGUGAUCCUGGGGGUGACGUGGAUGGGCUUUUAAUUUCUGUACUACUUCACCAUUUUUAAGCGAGCGACGGUUUUCUUCUAAAAAGGCUAUUUUCAUUUUCAGAGGAAAAAGAAAGUGUGAAAAAAACCCACCGUGCCUAACUCUGCACUUUUGCCUGAAAUCCUAAUGAGUCAUCGAAAAUCCUCUCAAAUCCUGUCUCCAGGUUCCGGAGGACACCUGAAUUAAAGUCCCGAGAUUAAUUUGGAAAGGGAAAAGCAUCAGCCUCCCCUAAUCUCACCCAGUUUUGCCAGUCUGGGCUGUGCUGGCAAGAGGAGGGAGGAGGAUCUGUCUGGAUAAAAAGGGAAAGGAUUGGAAAGCUAGAAGGUCAUCACAUGCUACAGGAGGAAAAGCUGGAAGCCUUAAGCAUGGCGGGGAAACCCAAGCUUCACUACUUCAAUGGCCGAGGCCGAAUGGAGUCCAUCCGGUGGCUCUUGGCUGCAGCAGGAGUAGAGUUUGAAGAACUUUUUGAAACACGUGAAGAAUUUGAGAGAUUAAUCCAAGGUGGAACCCUGAUGUAUGAACAAGUGCCCAUUGUCCAAAUCGAUGGAAUGAAUUUGGUAGAAACCAGAGCUAUCCUACGAUACCCAGCUGCAAAAUACAACUUGUACGGAAGGAACCUACAGGAACAAGCCUGGAUUGACAUGUAUGUAGAGGGCUUGAGGGACCUGAGCGACAUGAUUAUGUUCUUUCCACUCUCCCUGCCUGGAGAAAAGGAGAUGAAUCUUGAAUACAUCCUUGAAAAAGCCACUACAAGAUUCUUCCCUGUCUAUGAGAAGGCACUCAGAGACCAUGGGCAAGAUUUCCUCGUGGGCGAUUGGCUGAGCUGGGCUGAUAUACAGCUCCUAGAAGUCAUCUUAAUGGCGGAAGAGUGCAAAGCCAGUGUCCUAGCAGGCUUCCCUCUGCUACAGGAUGAAAAGCUGAGACCCAGAAAGAAUAAAGGACCUUCCAAAGAACCUAUAACCAACCAGUCAGUGGGAGAACUGGGCUCGAAGUCAGGUCUCUUGACGUUUAGUCUGGGGCCUAAAAGUAAAUGCCGUGGACAGUGUCCUAACUCUACCUAAAAAUGAAGUGGUGAUUUGGGACAAAAUGGACAAAAUCAUUUUUGUUUCAGAAUUCUUACUGUGGAGGAAGAGCUCCCAGUCUCUUUCUUGAAUAAUCGAACAUCUAAAUGUUGAACAUGAUUUGAGUAUAGAGAGAGGACACUAAAAUGAGAGAAAUGGGUUUAAAACAGAAUGCAUUUUAUUUGAAUAUUGAAUAGAUUGUUAGUACGUAGACAGCGCUGAGAAUAGAGGUUUUUUUUUAAAGGGGAAAAUAAAACUGGCAGCAAUAAAAUUAAAAUGCAAGAACUAUAAUUUCUAAUAUAACACAAAGGACAAGCAGUUACAUCAGCACCUUUUGUGAAGGUCACUUCUGGCAUUCCAUUAUCUGGGAACUUACAGUUUCAUUUAAACUUCAGAAAGGAGUAUUUGGAAUUGUCAAAAAAAAAAAAAAAACAAACCAAACCCUUACAUAUAUAAAAGUAGACACGGUAACCGAAAGCAUGUAUAAUGAUUUAUUGAAUAUCUUUAACGAGGCCAUUAUCUGACAAGUAGAAAACAGUUGAGUUUUCGGUUUAAAAAAAAAUCCCUCAAACUGGUGUUCAUUUUGGAGCGUUUCUGUUGUUUGUAAUGUAAAAUAAGACACGUAAUAUUCCACCUUGAAGUUUAUCUUUUAAAUCCAAAGUGUAUGCUCUGCCCGUUACA